AUGUCUGAUUCUCAGUCGCCAGGUGCGGUUGCACCUUCAAAUGAGAAGCCGGAGACUGGAUAUGUUGCUGGAGAUGAUACGUUUACCCAGUUCCGCAAUAUCUACCGGAUCUUGACGGGGAAGAUGACCUCCGAGGGCAUCGAGCAAUUCCGCGUUGCGCGAGACUUGCGAAAUGAGUCUGCGGAUUGCAAGCGCUGCGAGGACCAACGUGAUUACCUGCUUCAGUACAGCCCCGUCAUCCGUUACCUCAGCGAUAACAUCCGCCAGCUUGGAGGCGAUCUCCACAGCCAUAACAUCUACUGUCGUCGUUGCACGAGUCGAAAGGCUGGUGGGUUCGACCCUGAGUAUGGAAUCCUUCUUUGCGCCAAUGAGAUGAAAGAUCAGGGCCAUUUGGAGGACACCAUGGCUCACGAGAUGGUCCACGCUUACGACCACUUGCGAUUCAAGGUCAACUGGACAGAUAACCUUCGGCAUGCUGCUUGUUCAGAGAUUCGAGCUAGCUCCCUGAGCGGUGAAUGCAGAUGGGCGCGAGAGUUCUUCCGCCGAGGCCAAUGGAAGUUCACCCAGCAACAUCAGGAGUGUGUACGGAGGAGAGCAAUCCUCUCUGUGAGGGCACGACCGACCUGCCGAGACGAGGCUCAUGCAGAGCAGGUGGUGAACGAAGUGUGGAGCAGCUGUUUCCGAGACACGAGGCCCUUUGAUGAAAUUUACCGAUGA